AAUUGUAAUAACUUACGGCCUUACUUAUAAAAAUCCACUAAUCAACAGCUAAGCAACUAAUUAACUAAUAACUCAUUAACUCCUUAAUUAUCAAUUAACUAUUUCUUACUUAUAAACACUGUUUACACGUCACUUAACUAAGCAAUGGUUAAAUAACGUUUUUAUUUUAUACGCUGCCAAUACCAAACGUAAAGCUACAUUGUGAUGGUAAAAUUCCUGUUAUCCAAAGAGAAAUUAAAAAAUCAUAACGUCAAAAUUCUAAAUUGUGUCAAAUAUUGUCAAAAGAGUGGUAAUUUCAAAUUUUUUGGUGUUGUAUAAAUAUACAGCGGUGUGGUGUUUUUGUUGUGUUAGUGAUAUAAUGGAAUUGAAAUCCGCUAAGAAAAGGGCCCGAUCUUCAAACUGGGAUGAAGAAGAAAAGGUUAUUGUCAUAUUAAAUUUAUUGUUACUUGUACUGUAUCUAUCUUGUUGCACCAAAAUACCUGUCCAAAUUGUACUAACUCUGAACUUUGUUAUUUUCUUGCAGAGAAUCUUAAGACAACUUAUAAUGGAGAAAAUUGAUAUUAUAGAAAAAAAAGACACUACUACAAAUACCAAUGCAAAGAAAAAAGCUGCUUGGCAAGAAAUAUUGUCUAGUUUUAAUAGCCUUAAUAAAAAGCCCAGGGAUAUGACACAAAUUGUCACCCAGUGGCGUAAUACAAAAGGCCUAGCUAAAACUAGAGAGUCGGAGUAUAGGCGGGCCAGGCAGAUGACUGGUGGAGGACCUCCACCACCAAGUCCGCCACAAGAAGAUCUCGAACUAAUUCAGUCAUUGCCUAAUGAGUUUGUGAUUGACAGUAAUGUUUUUGAUAGUGAUAGCAUAUUUAUUGAAACAAUAAAACAGUCACAGUCAACAGCAACUGAAAAGAUGAUGUCAGAAUCUGGGUUAGCCACCACAGAAAUAGCAAUUAUUGUAGAUUCUGAGAAAUCAAUUCAGGUACUGUAAUCCAACUAUCAACUGAAUGAAAUCAUUAUAAUAAAAUAUUCAUUAAUACGCUCUCCUUUUUCAGUUAUCUAAUACUCCUGAUGUGGAAGAAAAUCCAAUUUUAUCAACACUACUAGCAGCAACAAAAGUAGAGAAACACACAAUAAAAAGGGAAUUAUAUAAGCCUAAACACAAACCUAAACAAAAUAACAAGAUUGCUGAUAAUUAUGAGAAACAGUUAUUUCUACUCACAAAAAAGUGCAAAGAAAAUAAAGAAAAACGGGAGGAUGAAUUGCAUAAGAAAAGAAUGGCAAUUUUGGAUCUAGAGCAGCAAUAUUAGGAAAAAAAAUUAAACAAUGUUUAAAUAAAACUAUGUAUUUGUAUUUUAAAAGAAAUUCUCAAUAAAAAUGUUUCUGGUUA